AUGGCAUCAAAAGUUGGGGGAUUGUCCACAGAGAUCACCAUGAAAUCUUCCAACCAGUUGGGUGUUACAGGAAUCCUAAUAGAUGCACUGAAAAUCCUUUUCAAGAAUUUAUACUUUCCACAAAGAAUACCAGGAAGUCCCGAAUAUGUCAAUCUAAUGGGCAAAAUCAGAAGUGAUAUUGGAAAUUUCAUGGUCACAGAAGGGAUCUUAAUAGCUGCUUUGUGGCUGCUCUUUUUUUUCUCCACGGUUGCAACUAUUUAUGCCUCAGCUGUGACCUACAGCGGCAGGGACUUGACUCUCAAGGAGUUGAUAUCAAGGAUCAGAGCAACAUGGAAAAGUCCAGCAAUCACUUUGUUCUAUGCUUCCCUCAUUAAUCUGGGUUGCACUCUUCUUGCCUUGCCUUCCUACGGUUUGUUGGCAAUGGUUGCCAUUGGUGGUUCUAGUGGUUGGAUUGCGUCGGCUGUUUUUGGUUCCAUGGUAUCUCUUGUGUUUCUUUGUAUCACAAUCUAUGUGUCCCUGGUUACGACUGUGAGCCUUGUUCUGUCGGUUCUGGAAGAUGGUUGUUACGGGAUGAAGGCAAUUGGGAGAGCUGAAGGGCUUAUCAAGGGAAGAAGGCUUCAAGGAGUUCUUCUCAUCGUUCUUUGCUCUCUUGUUCUUAUCCCUAUCUCUGGAUUUCAGGGAUUCAUAAUGGGCAGAAUGGCUUUCACAGAAGCUAUUCGAUUAAGCAUUGCAAUUCUGCUGAAUGGUAUAAGUUUUCUGGUCAAGAUCUUUGGCCUUACAGUGUUUACUGUGUUUUAUUACCAGUGCAAUGUAAGCCUAGCUGAAGAGAUUGAUGUGGAGCAAGGAAAGGGAUACAUUAAGAUUCCCAACACGGAAGUCUGA